AUGCCAUAUAAAUGCAAUGAAUGUGGAAAGGGUUUCAAGAGGAGCUCAUCCCUCACCAAACAUCAGCGAAUUCACUCAGGGGAGAGGCCCUUUCAGUGUAACAUUUGUGGAAAGAGCUUCAGGUGGGCCAGCAAUCUGAGGGAACAUGAGCUCUUGCACUCCCAGGAGAAACUAUGCAAGUGUGAAGAAUGUGGGAAGAGCUUUGCUCAGAAGAAUGGCCUUGCACAGCAUCGGCUAAUUCACUCAGGGAAGAAACCCUUUGAGUGCAACGUUUGUGGGAAAAGAUUCCGACAGGGUAACCUCCUUAGAAAACAUCAGGCCCUGCACUCAAGUGAGAAACUGUACAAGUGUAAAGAGCGUGGAAAGAGCUUUGCACAGAAUGCAGGCCUUGCACGGCACCAGCGAAUUCACACAGGGGAGAAGCCCCAUAAGUGCAAUGAAUGUGGAAAGAGCUUCAGUCACAGGACAGACCUGGAACAACAUCAGCAAGUUCAUGCAGGGGAGAAGCCUCAUGAGUAUUCGAUGAGUGGAGAUGAGCAGAAGAAACAUCUGGCAAAGCAAGCGCUGGCGGGACCCCCUCAGUCACUCUUGGGAGUGCGAGGGAAGGUCUGCCGGCGUGGGCAGCAGGGAACAUCAUCAAAUUCGGAGGGAGCAGAGCCGCAGCGUGAGAUCCAGCCCAUGGAGGAAGGAGGAGAUCCUGUUCCUGCUGGCAAAGAUGCACAGGUGAGUCCAGACAAGGAAAGACAACACCAGGCAUCAGUGACAAGAGUAAAGGAUGAAGAGGAGAAAGAAGUGUUGUGCCUUCGGGAUUCAUCAGGAAGGCAGGAUGGAAACCAACCACAAGAGAUAAAGGAUGAACCCAGCCAAGUUCUGUAUGAGGUCCUCCUUGUACAAGUAGGAGAGAGUCCUACAAAGAUCCCUGAAGGUGAUUUGAGAAGCUACACAGAGGAGGAGCCUGGUCAAAGCUCAGCAUCUGAGCUAAGCGCCCACCUGAGGAAAAGCUCUGCUGAGUGUUCAGAGGAUGGACAGGAAGGAAAAAGGCAUGAAUGCUUGGAUUGUGGAAAAACAUUUGGCUGGUAUUCAAAGCUUCUGCUCCAUAAACGAAUUCACUCUAGGGAGAAACCCCACCAGUGUAAGCAAUGCGGAAAGGGCUUCAGAUGGAGUUCCAAUCUUAAAAAACAUCAGCGACUUCACUCAGAGAAAAGCUAUGAGUGUAAAAUUUGUGGAAAAAGCUUUGCUCAGGACUCGGGACUUAAACAACAUGAGCAAAUCCACUCAGGAGAGAAACCGUAUCAGUGCAAUGUUUGUGGAAAGAGUUUCAACCGGGCUUCCAAUCUUGAACAACAUCAAAGAAUUCAUUCAGGUGAGAAAUUGUAUGAGUGUAAAGAAUGUGGAAAGAGCUUUGUUCAGAGCUCGAGCCUUUCACGUCAUCAGCGAAUUCACUUGGAGGAGAAGCCCCAUAAGUGUGACAAAUGCGGGAAGAGCUUCAGUCACAAGUCAUACCUGAAAAGACAUCAACAAAUUCAUGACAAGGAGAAACCUCAUAAAGGAGAAGAAUGUAGAAAGGACUUAAGUCAGAGCUUGGACUUGACUGAAAGUCAGUGA